AUGGAAGACGAAGACAGCUGGUUGGCGGCCCGCUUCGCCGCCCGUGAGAAGAUCCUUGUGUCCAAACAAGCCGAAGCAGCAAUAGCACUGAAAGCUAAACAGGACGAAACAAGCAUCAGACUUACUGGACAUCAAGCUGAAGCGGAGAGAGAGUUGACAUUGGCGAGAUAUCAAAGAGAACUAGCUCAGCUUGAACUGGAGAAGAUUGAGCAUAACUUGCAAUCCAAAAGAAAGCUACUUUCGGAAGAGAAGGAGGAAGAGGAGGUUCUGCACAAAUCCAAAAGACCACGACCAGACACUGACCUACACGACUCUGUUCCAUCCCGUCAACAGGAAGACCAGCAGCAGACGGCUUCAGCCGUGGAACGAGGUCAACAGCAUCAUGUCGCAAUUGUCGCGGCCCAGCUAUCGCCCCACCAUCACCGGAUACCCACCUCUGCAGCUGGGACAUUGCCAGGCGCUUCUGAUCAGGAUCCUGUCCGUGCAGGUAAAGAUGAACAGAACAGCGCAGGUCGCAAGAAGUCGACUCUGCACGGAGAAGACGUUCUGCCCAAAUGGACGGUACCCACACUGGCAUUCCAGGCUCAGAAAAACACUCAACCAGACCCGCCUCUCCUCACAGCAGUUCAACAACACAAAUCCAGUCGCGAAACGUUAGACCCUCGGCUGCGUCGACAGAGCAUUUUGCGCCCGGACGGCCCCGAUAUCUCACGUCGACCAUCUACCGACGGUGUGCAAGAUGGAGAAGAAGUCAAUGACGGACCAGCGGCGCCAGCAACGGGACAAGCACGAAACGCUGGGUGUCGUCGACAGUCACGAAUCCCAGAACAAGCGCUGUACCGACCACCACCACUGUCAUUUUCAUUUACAGACUCGGCGCGACGGUCUUCGCAAUCCAACGCAGCCAUGGACGAGAAGAGACGAUCACCAGCAUCGAAACAAGAACCACUGGCGUCAGCCACAACCGCAAUAUCCGAUCCUACCGGCACAACACUGUCCACGCCUCCAGCAAAGGUCGAAAGCGAAGAAACAAAGCCCCCAAUCCCAAGAUGGGACGGUCCAGGACCGCAGACACCGCAAGCAGCAGAAGACAACCUCCCACAAGUGCGGCGUGUGAUUCCCAAAUGGGGUGGCCCACCGAAACCUGCGUUGCCACCAUCACCAUCACCACCACGACAGCCUCGGAGCCGAGUAAACAACGGCAACAACAACAACAACAACAACAACAACAACAACAACAACAACAACAACAACAACAACAUCAACAUCAACAACCCACCUCCCAGCGCAGACCUCAACAACAACGUGACACACACCAAAUUCACCACUCCCCACCGACAAGAAACAUUCCAACGCUUCGCACACGUCCUGCUCUCGAAGCUCCAACUCGCGCUGAACAGCGACUUCGGCCUACGCAGUCAGCAUUUCUUCCAACAGAUCGAGGACCGCGUCGACAGGCGGACUUUCGACCACUUCGGGGCCCUCACGGCGGAGACAUGGGACCGGGUGUACACGUUCAAGAGGGGUGAGCGUCGCGUGGACGGGAUGGUGGACGACGCAGUGAGGAAGGUGCAGGAGCUGCUUGACGAGUGUAUACGGGAGUGCGAAGAGUACGAGGAGCGCGAGAUAGAUGAGAGGAGGCGGGAGGCGAUUGUGGGACGGUGGGUGAAGAGGGCGUCGGAGUUGAGGGUUUGAUUUCCUGGCUGGGUGUGUGAGACAAUAUUGAGCGGGCAUUCGUCUUGCUAUUAGGGCUGUGGCUGAAUGUAACGAAUAGUCCAAUGUAUGAGAGGUUUGGCUGGGUCAAACCCCGAGUGCUAUGAAGGAUGCUUGUGCAGCUGAUAGCGGGUGCGAGAUGCUUGACGGGGACUGUUUGCGGCUUGGUUUUGCGAUGGGAUCUGUGGGCCGCAGCCUGGACCUGUGUCAACUCUCUCUUCCAGAGCGUUUUGAUCAGCAUGCCGGCCAAACUGGGCUGUUACGAAAUCUGUAGCAGGAAACCGUCACAUCCAUUUCUAACGAUGCUCUGGUCACGUGCCUGCUCACGAGGCUCAGAUCUUCAGGGGUCACCCAGGGUGUCGUGGGGAUACGACAAUGGAGACAACAUGCAAGGAAAGCUGCAUUACUAGUAUUCGCGAGGACGUCUUGAUCAGUAUUUCGCCAUAAACUGGAAGCAGGUGCGAGAUCAAGCGCUCCGUAUGAAUGUUUUGGUAUUGCU